AUAUGGUAAAUGAGUAACAAUACCUUGUGGCAGAGCCUAGAAUGGGUUUUUUGGUAAUUCUGUUGAGGGUGGCAGGCCUUCUUGGAAGGUGACACCUGGGAGGGACAUUAGGAGGAGUUUACUGGGCAGAGGGGGAAAGUAGGUAAAGAUACACAGAGCUCUUAUUGGGGUGUCAGGUGUGUUGUAUGCAGAUUUGAUUUAAUCUCUAUAUUCUCAUAUGGAAGAACAUUCAACUGUUUACAGAGGAGGAGCAGAUGACAAGAGGUUGAGUCACACUGGGAGGAAACAGUAGAGCUAGGAAUUGAAGCUAGGUCUGUGACUUAGAGCCGGGACUCUUACCAUUGUGCUCAGGGACACUGCAGAGGGAGAGGGCUGAAGACUCUCCUGAGGUCCCCCACACUGGGCAAGGAGAGGACCCUAGAAAGGAUCAGGAGGCCCAGGAGGAAAGUGCUUGUGUCACCAGAGGAGACUGUGGCUUUGACCCUUAGGGCUUCCCUCAGGUGCCCAGUCUCCUACGUGGAACAGUCGGAAGCAACCCCUGAAUCUCCCACAGUGAAUGUGGGCAAGGCAAAUUCAGACGAAGUGGGGGAGGGGCCAGCCUGGGUCCCGCCCUCAACCAUUGUGGCAGAAUUAGAAAGCAUUGCGAGCCAAUCAGGACGUAGCAUGGAAAUGAGCAAGCCGUGCUGACGUGGGCCAACUCCAGAGCUCCCUGGAGUGGGAGGCUAUAUUGCCUGGCACUGAGAGAGGCACGGACUCUGAGAGGAAUCCGUGGCUGUGCUGCGGAACCAGAGAGAGAGGAGGCCGACAGCGAUUCACCCUCACCAUGACCAGUUGCCGCCAUCACUCAGGAUACUUGGCAGACGAUGAGGCCGGCCACACCACUUACGUGGCCCGGCUGCCUAAGAAGCCACUGUUCCUGGAAAUGGGACAAGUCUCCAAGCUGGGCCACAUGCCACACCCACCAUCGAGGUACACUCUCACAGACAGUUCAGGGCUCCAUGGCCACCAACAAAACCCAAGGGACCCUCGGCCCUUUGGUAGCUUCCUGGAUUUCCUUGUCAAAGGCCAGGUGCUGGACAGCCUACAGACGGUGGUGGAGGAGGCCACUGAGCGCAUGACCACCAUGAAGACAGAGGCUGGAGUGCCACUGGUGGAGGUGCAGGACCCAAUAGAGGUACCAAGGGGUAGGCGGCGGGUACGUGCCCAGCCUAGCCUCAGUACCAUGCACCGGCACCGUGUCCGGCCCAGCCUCUGCACUGGAUGUCCCAACAACUACCCAUCCUGCUCCAGCUCCAUGUCUGACUCCCAUAGCAGCCUCACAGCUGGCUGGCUGGGAUCCCACGGCCAGGACAGUGACCUGGGCACCCGUGGCAUGGGCUCACUGCCACCCAUGAGGGACAAACUUUUGCUGGAGAAGAACCUCAAACGGCUGCUGAAGCUGGAGAACAGAGGGAAAGGCCUGGAUCGGUCCUUCUUCCAGAGGGACUCCCUGCUGUGGGAUUCACUGGACAGCCAUGCCAGCAGCCAGUGGACCCGGGAGCCGCCUCUGUCCUCGUUCUCAGGCCAGCUGGGCUCAAGCUCAGGCACACCUCAAACAUCAGAGCUGGGCCCUGGAGAACAGGAACUGAUCUGUCUCAAGCAAGAGUUUAAUAAGAUCAAGUCAUUGUUGAGCCAGCCAGCAUCCUUUGACCUGCCUGGCUACUGUUCAUUCCGUGAGCCCCAUCGGACUCUGGACUUUCUGGCUGAGCACCAGCUCUUCCCUGCCCUGCAGAGUGUGGUCAGCCAGGCUGUGGACAAGCUCCGUGGUGCCCGCCGCCAUGAUGGCUGCCCUCUCUUCCCAUCAGAAUGGGAGCCCGCAACAGAGCCCAACUCUGACUCCAUGCCAGGCUCCAAGCUAGCCACACCCACUGAUGAGGAGGAGCCCUAUGAUAUGCUACCCACCAGAACCUCCAGCCCCAAGAUGGCUUGCAGAAAGAGCACCAAGGGCAGAGGACAGGCCAAGCCCAAGGAAGGUGGUUCCCCCAUGUCCAGUGCCCAAGUGGCCACCAGACUCAGGCUCAAGAGCCCCAGUUACAAGUUCAUGAAGAAGAAGCCACUGCCCUCCAUCUCAUCCAAGUCUACCAUAUCCCACCUCUCCAACCCCUUGUACCAGGAGCUCAUCAACUACUUGGUGGAGCAGGCUGUGUCCUUGCUCAUCUGCAAGUACAAAUUCGAGAAGAACCUUUCCAAGCAGUUAGGCUUCAUCUCAUUCCCUGUCACCGAGACGCUCGUGGACCUCCUCCUGGGCUUCAAGAAAGUGAAGGGCUCCCACAUCUGCCUGUCCUCAAAGAUCAACUGGAGCUGCCUGUUGCGCAAGCUGGAGGAGGCAGAGUGGGCCCGACAGCUGUCUAGACAAGGGUCCCAGCACGACUCCCACCGCGGCACCGCCCACCGCAGCACUGCCCACCAGGGGGCGCCCCGGAGCAACACGGAGACCCCCUCCACGCUGCCUGAGCCAUCCACCCAAAAGAAUCAGGAGGAGGACACAGAGCCCACUCUCCACAGUGAGUUGCUGGACCCUCAGCUCCUCCCAGCUCAGGAGGAUACUACACUCGAGGAGAAGGAGCCCAAGAGCCAGGAGGAGCCCAGGCCCUUCAUGUUCACUGGCACAGACAGGGGCUCCGAUCUGUGUCAGGAAGUUGUAGACAUGGACAGUCAAGGUGACGAGGAGGAAGAGGACGAGGACAAGAAUGAUGACUUCUUUGGGGACAAGGGCAAACCCCAGAGCUCUCCCGAGUCUCAAGUGGAGGCCGAUGUCAGCAGUGACUCCAGAGAUGUGGGCCACAGUCACGCUCCGUGAGGCCUAUGAGCUGCACCCAGUGCUUGAUUCCCUGCUGCUCCUCUUGCUCCAAUGGAGUGCUGCCCCCCCCCCCCCCACACCGGCCCUUGCCCUGAGCAGAGGUCAGGGUGGUCUGAAUGCCCACGAGGAGCUCUGCUGGCCUAUCAGGAAAGCCAGAGGGAGAAAUAAAGUCUGUGUUGAUGGAGCACAGUU